GGGCGGGAAAAGCAAGGCGGCUGUUAGGCCUAGGCCGCCCGGCCACCAACCCGCCAGGCCCCCCGCCCCCCCCCCGGCGAACAGCGGGCGAGGGCGGAGCGGCCUUGGCCGGUGGCGGAAGGGGCCGGGUUUCCGUGGCGGAAGAAGUGGCGGCUGCCUUGCUUGAGUGACUGAGGGCCUGGAAGGGCUUCCUGUUGUUGUUGUUGUGACCGGCCGUUGGCCUGGCUGCUUCGCUCCGCUGCCGGAAUGUUACUGGAUUUCUUCAGCCAGAACCUUCCCUGCCAGCGGAAUAUUUUUGCCAAGUGUUUGCUUGAAUGCAGGAAAAGGAGGUGUUUGAUGGAUUACCAAGAAAUUUCCAUGAGAGGUAGACAAGGGUCACUGAAUAAACUUUAAAUGAAAAUUUGAAGAAGUUGCAACAAACUCUGGAACAAUAGCAUCUACUUUGUGUGAUUACAUGAUGACUUUUGCUUGUGUUAAGAUGAUGCCUGUACAUGGGUGGAAGCUCAUCUGAAGUGCUGUAUAAACCAGUUCAUUUUCUUAUGAAGUCGUAAUGAUAAGCAGCCAACAAAAUUGAGUGGAAUUUUGUAAUGUGCAUCGAGGUAUAAUUGCAGAUGCUGUUGCUCUGUGGUCGUUAGAAGAUCCCUUGGAACCAUAGGGAGCCCUUCAGAGGCAGCCAUGGAGAAGAUGGCCAGGGUGACCACUGCCCUUGGUGGCAAUACCAUCACUGGACGGACCAUGUUCUGCCACCUGGAUGCCCCUGCCAAUGCCAUUAGUGUGUGUCGGGAUGCUGCCCAGGUGGUGGUAGCUGGGCGCAACAUCUUUAAGAUCUACUCCAUAGAAGAAGACCAGUUUGUGGAAAAGCUGAACUUGCGUGUUGGCCGCAAGCCAUCCUUGAACUUCAGCUGUGCUGAUGUGGUAUGGCACCAGAUGGAUGAGAACUUGCUGGCCACAGCAGCCACCAAUGGAGUGGUUGUGACCUGGAACCUAGGCAAACCAUCCCGUAACAAGCAGGACCAGCUUUUCACAGAGCACAAACGAACGGUUAACAAGGUGUGCUUCCACCCCACAGAGGUGUACAUGCUUCUCAGUGGCUCCCAAGAUGGCUAUAUGAAAUGCUUUGACCUGCGAAAGAAAGAUUCUGUCAGCACAUUCUCGGGUCAGUCGGAAAGUGUGCGUGAUGUCCAGUUUAGUAUACGUGAUUACUUUACCUUUGCUGCUACCUUUGAGAAUGGAAAUGUUCAGCUGUGGGAUAUUCGCCGGCCUGACCGCUAUGAGAGGAUGUUCACAGCCCACAAUGGUCCUGUAUUCUGUUGUGAUUGGCACCCAGAAGACAGGGGCUGGUUGGCAACGGGAGGCCGAGAUAAGAUGGUGAAAGUCUGGGACAUGAACACCACCCGGGCUAAAGAGAUCUACUGUGUGCAGACAAUCGCCUCUGUGGCAAGGGUCAAGUGGCGGCCUGAAUGCAAGCACCACAUUGCCACGUGCUCCAUGAUGGUGGACCACAAUAUCUAUGUGUGGGAUGUACGUCGGCCUUUCAUCCCCUCUGCCAUGUUUGAGGAACACAAAGAUGUCACCACGGGGAUUGUGUGGCGUCACCUCCAUGACCCUUACUUCCUCCUCUCUGGCUCCAAAGACAGCACCCUUUACCAGCAUAUCUUCAAGGAUGCCAGCCAGCCUAUCGACCGGGCGAACCCCGAAGGGCUUUGCUACAGCCUCUUUGGGGACUUGGCUUUUGCUGCCAAGGAGAGCCUCAUCUCCUCUGAUUCUAACCGUAAGCGUGACCGACGCCAUCCUAUUUUCUUCAAGCGCAAGCUAGACCCCACAGAGCAGUUUGAGUUCAUCUCCUCUUCCAGUGCCCUAAGUGUGUUUGAAGCGGACGCAGAAUGCGAUGCUGGCAGCAUGGACUGGUUUGUACGGACCGCCAAGCAGUACGUGCUGACAGGGAGACCGCUAGCAGAGCUGUGUGACCAUAAUGCCAAAGUCGCCAAAGAGCUCAAGCGCAAUCAGGUUGCUCAGACGUGGACGAUGCUCCGGAUUAUUUACUCUGGCCCUAGCACUAUGGCCACUUCAAACCUAAAUCACAGCCUAGGGAAGAGUAGCUCCAGUCUUCCGCUCAUGAAUAGCUUUAACUUGAAAGAUAUUCCCUCUGGGAUAGGCAGUGAGUUGAGGCUGGAGAGGAGCAAGGGAGAGAGCCGACCUGAAAACAUCCUCAUGGAUUCUUCCUCUACCCUGAUCAAUAAUGAUGAGAACGAAGAGACUGAAGGCAGCGAUGUCCCUGCAGAUUAUCUCCUUGGGGAUGUGGAAGGAGAUGAAGAUGACCUGUACAUGAUGGACCAUGAGAACCCUCACACUGAGGAGCAAGAGUACAUCCUUCCCCAGGAGGCCUUUCCUUUGCGCCACGAGAUUGUGGACAACCCCUCUGCACUGGACCACUUGCAGGACAAAGCAAACUCCCCCCACGUCAGCGGCAACGAGGCAGAGACUGUGUCCCUGACGCCUGUGGAAUCUUUCUCCCUCAUCUCCAUCUCUCACUCUCUGUAUGACAGCCGCCUGCCUGCCGACUUCUUCAGCCCCAUCGUCCGCGACAUGCUGCUCUUCUAUGCUGAGCAAGGGGAUGUGCAGAUGGCGGUGUCUGUGCUUAUCGUGCUGGGGGAUCGCAUCCGGAAGGAGAUUGACGACCAGGCACAGGAACACUGGUACACUUCCUACAUUGACCUGCUGCAGCGCUUCCAGCUGUGGAACAUCUCCAACGAGGUGAUCAAACUGAGCACCUGCAGAGCCAUCACCUGCCUCAACCAGGCCUCCACCACCCUGCACAUCAACUGCAGCAAUUGCAAGAGGCCCAUGAGCAACAAGGGCUGGAUUUGUGACAGAGCUCUGUUUACCAGUAGCUGGAACAAUUCAGAGAAGAGAGUAUAUAAUAUCCCUGGCAUAACCCCAGAUAUGAUGAAGCUCAUUAUCGAAUAUGCCUACACAAGGACAGUACCCAUCACGGUGGACAAUGUGGAGAGGCUCCUUGUGGCUGCUGACCAAUUUAACGUGAUGGGCAUCGUCAGGGCCUGUUCCGAGUUCAUGAAAUGCCAGCUGUGCCUGGAGAAUUGUAUUGGCAUCUGCAAAUUCACGGAGUACUAUUACUGCCCCGAUCUGCGCCAGGCUGCUUACAUGUUCAUCCUGCACAACUUCGAGGAGAUGGUGAAAGCGUCUACUGAAUUCCUGGAGCUCUCGGUCAAUGAGUUUAAAGACAUCAUUGAAAAGGACGAACUCAAUGUGAAACAGGAAGACGCCGUCUUCGAGGCCAUCCUCAAAUGGAUUGUCCACGAUCCCGCCAGCAGAAAGCAACACAUGGCAGUCUUGCUCCCUAAGGUCCGCCUGGCCUUGAUGCAUGCCGAGUAUUUUAUGAACAAUGUCAAAAUGCAUGACUAUGUGAAGGAUAGCGAGGAGUGCAAGCCCAUUGUUAUCGAUGCCCUGAAAGCCAUGUACGAUCUCAACAUGAAUGGACCAUCCAGUUCCGAUUUCACCAACCCACUGACGAGACCCCGUCUGCCGUACGCCAUUUUGUUUGCCAUUGGCGGCUGGAGUGGGGGGAGCCCAACCAACGCCAUUGAAACGUACGAUGCCCGUGCAGACCGCUGGGUGAAUGUCACGUGCCAGCAGGAGAGCCCCCGGGCGUACCACGGUGCUGCCUACUUAAAGGGCUACGUCUACAUCAUUGGGGGCUUUGACAGCGUGGACUACUUCAACAGCGUCAAGCGAUUUGAGCCCGUCAAGAAGACGUGGCACCAGGUUGCACCCAUGCACUCGAGACGCUGUUAUGUUAGCGUCACCGUCCUUGAUAACUUCAUCUAUGCCAUGGGCGGCUUCGACGGCUAUGUGCGUCUCAACACGGCUGAGAGGUACGAGCCUGAGACCAACCAGUGGACCUUGAUAGCCCCCAUGCACGAACAAAGGAGUGAUGCAAGUGCUACAACCCUAUAUGGAAAGGUCUACAUCUGUGGUGGGUUCAACGGGAACGAGUGCCUGUUUACAGCGGAAGUAUACGACGCCAAGGUUGAUCAGUGGAGCUUGAUCGCACCCAUGAGAAGCCGGCGCAGCGGCAUUGGCGUGAUAGCGUAUGGAGAACACGUCUACGCAGUGGGCGGCUUUGACGGAGCCAACCGCCUUCGGAGCGCGGAGGCGUACAACCCCAUCGCCAACACCUGGCGAACCAUCCCAACCAUGUUCAACCCUCGGAGCAACUUUGGCAUUGAAGUGGUAGACGACCUGCUCUUUGUGGUGGGUGGCUUCAACGGCUUCACGACGACAUUCAAUGUAGAGUGCUACGACGAGAAGACGGACGAGUGGUACGACGCCCAUGACAUGAGCAUCUACCGUAGUGCCCUGAGCUGCUGCGUGGUGCCAGGGCUCCCCAACGUUGGGGAGUAUGCUGCCAGGCGGGACAACUAUGUGGGGUCAACCCAGAGAGAUGAGGUCAAGUACUCCUCAUCCACAAGUACACUGCCCGUGUGAAAAGCUCUCCUUGACUAAUAAAGCCCUCUAGCAAGAGCUAUACGCACAGGUGGAUUCACCUUUUUUUUCCCCACUCCUCCAACAUGAGCCAUGAGGCUAGUCCUCAUAGGUGAACUAAAGGCAUACAUUCCUCCCUACCUAGAAACUUCAAAAAAAUUCCAUUCCUUUAUCCUGUAGGAAGUCAUAGAGCCGAGGGACCCAAAGGCUAUCUAAGAAAGCUGUUGAGAACAGUGCAUGGGAUUUCAAGAAGAGCUACAGAGGGGAUAGAGGGUUGUGCCAUUUCUCUUGCUAUUGCUCAAAAAAAGAGUAGGGGGAAGACCCCGGAGGUACUCGGAAAUUAAAAAAACCAAACAGCAGCAUGCCAUGGCAACUAUGCAGAAGGGAAACGAUGAUGGUGAGCCAGUCUGCUUUUGUGUGUAUCUCAGGAUAUAGCUGCCACCCUCCACUCCGCCAGAUGAAGAGCCCUUUGUAAGUAGAAAGCUUGCAUAUUCCUGCCUCGGUAGAAGCUGACCCAA